UCGGUUUGACACUUGUCCAGCGCGCGAUAACACGAUAACCUUACCUCUAACAGGAAUUGCUAUACUAUAAACAUUUGAACUUUUUUCACUUUUCAACUGAAUUCUUCAAUUUAUUAGACAUUUUUUGUGUUGUGCAAAGAUAUUUUGUGAAAAUUUCAUGUGUUUGUGACAAGGAAAAAGACACUCGGAAGGUUGUGAAUUUACGCCUCGUUAACUCGGACGAGAAAAGCCGAAAAAAGAUCGUCGCUUACAUCCGCUCAUUGGAGUGAUAAAAUUUAUGACAAACGAUUUUCCAAUGACUGAUUUCAAAAUACCUCUUCUUUAUAUUACGUGCACAACAUGACUUGGUGGGCGCCUGCACGCAAGAAGAGUUUAGUGUCAAGAUGAAAGGGCGAUGUGGGGCUCGCUGGGCGGGACGCGACGCCGCGUGAUGCGGGGCGGCGCGACGCCCGCGCGCGCCUGCAGCGCGUGAUGCGCGCGGAUCGCGCCGCGCUAUACGCGUGGCUCGUCUGCUGCGCCGUCGCGCUCUCCACGCACAAGUACAGCACGCGCGUCGUUCGCACCAAAUACGGACCCCUACGGGGUAUCGUGGUCCACGCACAUCCGCAAGUCGAAGCUUACUUGGGAGUGCCAUAUGCCACACCACCCCUCGGUAGCCUUAGAUAUAUGCCGCCGGUGACGCCGUCUCAGUGGCGUACUCCACGACUGGCAGACGCCGCCGGUCCCGCCUGCCCGCAGCGUCCUCCCCCCGCCGCCCCACGAGACGACGCCUUGCUCAUCCACCCGCGCGCUCGGAUUAAGCAGCUUGAAAGACUGCUGCCCAUGCUUACUAACCAGAGUGAAGAUUGCCUUUACGUCAACCUGUAUGUGCCCGUAACUGGUGCAGAGAUGGAGUCUGAGAAAGCAAGAUUGCCAUGUCUUUUGUUCGUGCACGGGGAGUCUUAUGAAUGGAGUUCGGGCAAUGCGUACGACGGAACAACUUUAGCCGCACAUGGCAACAUCAUUGUAGUUACUAUCAACUUUAGAUUGGGUGUUUUGGGUUUUUUAAAAACUGGUGCUAAAGGGUCAGCGCAGGGUAACUUUGGCCUAAUGGAUUUGGUUGCCGGACUGCAUUGGUUACGUGAAAAUCUUCCCGCUUUUGGAGGCGAUCCUGAAAAGGUGACUCUGAUGGGACAUGGUACCGGUGCCGCAUUAGCUAACUUCUUGGCCGUAUCACCUGUAUCUAGAGAGCUGCUGAGGCGUGUCAUUUUGUUAAGCGGAUCUGGACUCAGUUCAUGGGCGCUGCAAAGGGAUCCUCUGUCAAUAAAACGAAAGGUGGCAGAGCACACCGGUUGCCAUGGAGACCUUUUAGAAGAUGAUAUAGCACCCUGUCUACGCAACAAGCCUCUCACUGAUUUGCUAUCUGUGCGUUUGGAUCCUCCAAGAUUCCUCUCAGGCUUCGCACCAUUUGUUGACGGAACAGUUAUAGUAAAUCCUUCCCAUGCGCCCCCUCCUACGGAUAGCUCGCGGUUAGGGGCCGGCGCGGCAGCUGUGGCCAGCGCUGCCGGUCAUGAAUUAGCCGACUUCCCGCACAGAGAACUACUCUUUGGACUCACUACUACGGAGUCUUACUUGGAAUUCAAUGCUCAAGACUUGGAGUUUGGCUUCAAUGAGAGCCGCCGCGACCGCAUUCUGCGUACAUUCGUCCGAAACGCUUAUUACUACCAUCUCAACGAGAUUUAUUCAACUCUCAAAAACGAGUAUACUGACUGGGAUAAACCCGUGCAAAAUCCGCUGAGUGUGCGCGACGCUACUCUGGAGAUUCUUAGCGAUGGCCGCACCGCAGCGCCUUUAAUAAGAUUGGGAUACCUCCACGCUUUACGCCGCGGAUCAACCUAUUUCACUCAUUUUCACUAUCUUUCUCCUGAGAAGGACUAUCCUCAGCGACCAGGAUCGGUGCACGGCGAGGAGCUACCGUUCUACCUUGGAAUGCCACUAUCUCAGGCCUACCAUCACUUGAACUUUACAUUACAAGAACAACGUGUGUCGAAAUUAUGUAUGCAUUAUGUGGCUAAUUUUGUUCGUUAUGGGAACCCAAAUGAUCCCUCAGCGACUCCGCCACCGAGCCCAAUGCUAGGUGAACCUGUCGCAGUAGGCCCUGAUGAUAUACCCUACUGGGACACCUACGAUACAAUUAACCAACUCUAUAUGGAAAUGAGUACUAAGCCUGGUAUGCGAAGUCAUUAUCGUGGUCAUAAAAUGUCGUUAUGGUUAUCACUGAUCCCACAACUGCAUCGACCUGGUUCCGAUCUGCCUGACGCCGCCAUGAGGCACCAUCACUUUCAAGAUGACAGCCAAAAUUAUUAUGAAGGAGCAGUUAGAGAGCAAUCGAUGUCCAGAGCCCACGUUCCACACGUUGUAAAUAUUGGACGUGGUGGCGAUAAAACUACGCCAUCAAGUCGUUCUGUAUCGCCAAAACCAUCUCCCGCCCCUCCAGUUUCAACUGAAUGUCCACCAAACGCUACAGUCACUCCCAUACAAACUGACGACGCACUUCUACGAAGACUUGCCUCCUCGCAUUACCAGUCGUAUACAGCUGCUCUCACUGUUACAAUUGCCGUUGGAUGCUUUUUAUUACUACUAAACGUACUGAUUUUUGCUGGAAUUUAUCAUCAAAGAGGGACACGACCUCGACGAUCCAAAGAUGAUUUUACUGAGGCAGGAAGUUCUUCAUCGUCUGAUAAUUAUGACGGAAAAAUUGAUUAUGAAGUAAGAGCCUUUGAGGGGAAAGGGUUUGGCUUUGAGUGUAAGUCGGCUCAUGUGCCGCGUGGGUCAGGUUCCAAAUUUGAUUUACGUACUUUGUCAGACUGUGGUGAGCCAACUUUCGGUGAAUAUAGUUGUUACGAUGAAAAACAUCUGGCCGCAAGAAGGUCGUUGCCGGAUGUGAGUGUUGGUAGUGCCAUUGACGCUGGUAAUGUUGUGUGUAUAGAUACACAAAAACCAGAUAUACAAAGAAUAGAAGCACGCAUUCAAGAAGCUGUAAGCAGGACCAGUACCUUCGAGCCUAGAGUGGUUGAUAGUUCGACACAAGUGAAGUUUGGCCCUUUAUGUGAUGGCCAGGAACUCCUCUCCGAUUCAAAUGGGGAUUCUGAAGGUGCAACUGGUUCAAGUAUUUUAAGAGUUCCACCUGCACCAACAACACCAGCGCCUCCUGGUAUUAUGAAGAAAAGAGUUCAAAUACAAGAGAUAUCAGUAUGAGAUUUGGAGAAAUUAGACACUGCGGUGGUGGUUGUUAAUGAAAGGACUGAAUUAUAAAGUGAAACACGUUUUAUGAACGUUUUACUUAAUAAAUGUAUAUAAUGUAAAUGGAAACAAAUCUUAAUGAUUGUAAAUAUGUGAAUUGUUGUUCGCACUGUUUACUAAUAUGAUGCAUACAAAGCCAAAAAAUAAAGCUGGGCAUGCUUUAGCCGAUAGAUAGGACGUUAUUUUUAUUGAAGUAAAUUCAGAAAUAACACUGGAUUUUGUUACUUGAAUUUUAAGUUAUGAGCGCCCUAACUAUAGUAAUUUUAAAUAAUUAGUUAAAACUUUGAUGAUCAUAUUAUUCUAAAACGUGAAUGAGGAAGAUUGAAGAUCGUAAAUUUUACCGGGGUCCAUAUUACCGGUUUAUAAACCACUUAGCUAUAAAAAUAUAUAGGUUAGUAUAAAACAGACUGCGGCACAUUUGUUACAAUUUGAGUAUUCUGUUUUUACAUGAAAUGUGUGAAUAUUACAAUAAUAACAUUAGAAGUGUACUAAGACUAAUUUGCCAAUAUAGGUGUAUAUAAUAAUAUCAAAGUGUUUCAAAGUUGUAGUAAUUAUUAAGAAUAAUGCGUAUGUUGUGAUUUUUUGUAAAUUUAAUUUAAGUAUGAUAUACCUAAAAAGUGUGUAGUUUUUGAUAAGUAAAGGUAUAAACUAAAUACUGGAUACUUUAUGGACGAGCAAUAUCAAAUUGUUAUUAAAUAUGUUGAGGUGAACAGGGUAAAAUUUCAGUUUAUAUCAAUGGAAUGAACUUGUGAAAUACGAUUUUACAAUAUUACUUAUAAAAGUUUCGGCUGUAUUUAUAAAAGAUAUAUUUUGUGAUUUUUAUUGCCCAGCUCAACUAUCAUAUCCUUUAAGAUUGAAUUUUUUUUUAUUACUCAAUCACCUCCGUAUUUCUUAAUUUGUCUAAGAAUUCGAAGAAUUUAGACCGCAUUUAUGUAGUAUUUUACACAUAUCUCACUUUAUUUCAAAGAGCUGAAAAUGCGUAAAAUCCCGGUGCACCAAAAAAAUUUGCUCCAAUCAAUUCAAAUCAAGCCAAUAUUAUUUUGAUCCAUUUCAUUUCACUUAUUAUUAUUAUUAUAUUGUAUUUACAAUAUUGUUUCUGCACUAACUAAUCUUUGAUAGGAUUGCUAUACUUUGAAAUGAAACAAAUGACAGGCACUCAUUUUCUCCCUGUAAUUCGUAAAAAAAAUCUCUUGAAAUUGUCGGAAAAUAAACCGCUUUUACUUUAUUUGCUUAGUGUUCGUCCAUAAUUUAUCUUUGCAGGAAUUGAUGAGCAUUAAGUAUUUAAAAAUCUAACUUGAAUGAUUUCAUAAUAAGUAAAGUAUCCAUAUUGUGACAAAAUGUUCUGUUGUAAUAUUAAGUUAUAAUUAUUUACCAUAUUUAUUAUAAAAAUUAGAUAUCUUCCUAAAAGGAAUUGCAUAUUAGUAAUUAAAAUAUUAAACCACUUUAUGGUUAAUGGUUUAUGAUUUUAGAAUUUAAAUAAAAACGUUGGAGGUUUUAGGUUUACAGUUCUUAAACAAAUAAAAUAUAUGCAUUAUGAGAUGAACAUACAAUCACGUGGUAGUGUAUGUAACAAUACGCAAUUAAAAUUUGAAAAUCUUAUUAAAACUACAUAUAAUCAGUCAAUUUAACCUUUUUGCUGUUACCAUUAUCGAUGUAGUUCACUCAAUAAUAUUAAAACAAAAUUAUUUGAAAUAAAUUCACUACUGGAUCGGGAACGCUGUCGGCAUUGCUAUUGGAAGUUACAGAGUAAAUUAAUCUCCGUUGGGAUAUUUUUUGACCAACUUUAUUUUAUUCAAUAUAAUCUUAAAUCUGAGCCUAAGGCAAUUAGUUCAAAUAAUUUUAGCAUAUGUACGGAGAACAUAUGCUUUCUAUGAAUAUAUAAAAGCAAAAAAAAAUACUAUACUCUUGUGGAUAGCAACAGUAACAGCUCAUGAAUCAAUUAUAAAAUACUUUUAGCACAACUUUAUAUCAUCAUAUGCAACUGCUCUUGAAAGCACCUCCUAUAGGUAUAUUUGUUGAACGUUGUUAUAGCAAGUGUGGUAUGCAAACGCAAUAUUCCGAUAAGAUUUGAAUAAAUCUAUUGGCUGAAAAUGGGUAAAAACAAUUUAUUCGUUUAAAUAUUCUUAAUAUUCGUAACUUCAUAAAUAUGUAUUAAAUUUUAUCUCAGAUACAUACUUGGUUAUGAUUGUAAAUUUAUU